CAUUUGUAGUCUUACACCAACGGCAUCCGUUAGUCCCACAAACAUUCAUAUAUAUAUAUAUAUAUACAUAUAUAUGUACAUACAUAUAUAUUAAUAUUAAAAAAAUUAUUUAAAAUUUAAAAAAUCCCGCGUUUAAUUUUUAAAAAUCAGUGAUUUAAAAAAGUGACAUUUUUUUUUUGUUAAUAAAUAUAUAUAAAAUAUAUAUGAAAUCAUGAUUAAAUUUUAUAAAAAAGUUAUCGAAUAUAAAAAUACUGGUGUUGAAAAUUUAAAUAAAAAAAAUCGUGUCAAUAUCGCGAUCUGAUAAAAAAUUCACAGCUGACUGGUCCUAGACAUCGAAUCAAAUAUUUUUUUUUUAAUCUGAUAUUUAAAAAAAAAAAAAAAAAAAAAAAAAAAAAAACCAACGUGCCUAAGAUUUGUCACGUUUAUUUACCGCCUGAAUUUAAAAAAAUUAGGAACGUUAAUUAUAAAAUUUGUGGAGGAAAAAUAAAAAUAAAAAAAAAAAAAAAAAUGAAUAAAUAUAUAAGUAAUUAUAUAAAAUUAAUAUCACAAAAGGUCCAGCAUCAAGACUACGAAUCUACAAAGUGGAUCGAUUUAAAUGUGGAGUUUAAAUUAAAUAAUAAAAAUAAUAAUAAAUUUAUAAAUAUUAAAUGGGUCCAGAUCCUAGUUAACGAGACUCCGAGUCUUAGCUACGACUGAACAAUUAAUUAAUUAAUUAAUUAAUUAAUAAAUAAUAAUUAACAAAGCUGAAUAAAUCGACAAUCACACAGUGCAUUUAUUUUCCCAUAGUCACUAUCGGGUAGACAAUUACACUAGAUGAUUACAGUCAAGGUCAAGUUUAAUUAUUUAAAAAUUUAAAAAUUCAAAUUGCCGCUUUUUUUUAAAUUUAAAAUUUAAAUAUUUUAAAAAUAAUAAACGGCUUGGAAAAUUUUUAAAAAAUAAUCGUUAAUAAUUUAAAAUAUUAAGGAGUAGGUUAAAGUCGUUGUGUUAAAUCUUGGCAACGAAUAAAUAUCGCGAAAAUUACCCGCCGCGCUUUUUUGACCACGCAUUCACACGGCCUUCAGCUAUUAACUUUUAUUUAUCGGCAAAUGCUUUAUAACUUUGCUCUACGUGUCUUUUAUACAAUUUUAAAUAUAAAUAUAUAAAUAAUAAUAUAUACAUAUGUAUGAUAAUAAUAAUAAUUAAGUGUUUAAACGGUAAUUAUGCUCAAUUCGUGCUGUGCUUUUUUACGAAACUCCGAGUGAGUUAAAUGUUUAUUUAUUAUUUUUUAUUUAGUGCGUAGUUGUGUCGACUGUUUAUUGUAUGUAUAUAUGCAUAUAUAUGUGUGGAUGUAUAUAGAUUAAAUUUGGAUAGUAAUUGUAAUUACGGUUAUUUGUUAUUACAUUUAUUGUAAUAAAUAAGUGGAGGAGUUUGAGAUAUAUAGUGGUCCUUUGAGGACGAAAAUUUAGGGAUGCCUGUCAGAAGAGGACACGUUGCUCCAAGGACCACCAUUAUUGAAACCAUCAUUAGGAAAUUUGAUACUCAUGACAGAAGUUUUUUGGUAGCCAACGCUCAACAGGGACUAUGUCACAUUAUUUAUUGUUCGGACGGAUUUUGCCGGCUUACCGGAUUUUCGAGGGCGGAGGUGAUGCAACGGCCAGCCGUUUGCGAUUUUCUUCAUGGACCAAUGACCUCACCUCAUGCUAUUGCUGCAUUACGUGAUGCAUUGAUUGCAGGAGUCGAGAAACAUUUUGAAAUCCUCUACUACAGAAAAGACGGCACCAAGUUCUUGUGUAGCGAGGUUAUUGCUCCAAUAAGAAGCGAGGUAGAUGACAUCUGCCUGCAGAUUAUCAACUUUGAAGAUCUGAGUGCUCAGCCACCCCCGCCACCAGCUGUGCCUCCACCUUCGACAACCAACAAUCGUCUUGCUACACGAUUUGACAGAGCCAGAGCAUCCUUUCGUGCUGGAUUGUCUAGAACUGGAGUCGUUGGUCCUCCGAGGGUUAGAAAUAGACCGAGAGCCGCUUCAACUGUGCCGCAGAGACAGCUCGCUGAUGGGACCAUUUUAGAUGAAGAGGCUUCGGAAAAUUGUCCACUGACAUGUGGGUCACCAACGAUGGUAGAGUCCUGGGGCCCAGGAUCCGGGAGAAUGGGGACCCCACCGCCAGUGCCGCUGCCAUUGCCAGCCAGCACCAGCGGGCAUGGGAUCUCUGCGGGCCUUGGAGCGGCAACUCGACCGACGACGACUACCACAGUGGCCACUGCGCCGAUAGCCAGCCCCGAAGGAGUAAGCGACAUUUCACCUAAAUCGGGAAUCUGGGAUGGCACGAAUUGCUCACCAGGAAAUGGUAAUGAUGGACCGUCAAGAAGUGUAUCUCAUGCUGCCAGUCUGGAUGCCAUUUCGAGGAGGAUGGUCAAGAAUGACAUGUCCAGAAUACCAUGUAGGAGUCUCACUUGCAGUGUUCUACCGAAUCGAGGAAGUGAAUGCGCAACCGGGUUCGAGCGGUGGCCAGCAACGGUCGAUAAUCUCAUGGAAGCAACGAAACAUUCAAAAAUAUUUCCCGGGGUCGCAUCCGAAAGUGACCUCCAAAGAUGGCGGGCUUCGAAAGAGAGAAAAUCGCCGUCUCUCAGUCAAAUGGGUUCAGACUCCGUUAAACACAAAUUCUCUCUUCAGGACAACGGAUCCGCCAAGUACUUUCAAGGAGUUAUGCACACGCCUAAUAUGGGAGAAAAAGUUGCUCAAGUUCUUUCACUUGGCGCAGAUGUACUGCCAGAGUAUAAACUUCAGUCGCCACGUAUCCACAAGUGGACGGUCCUGCAUUAUUCACCUUUCAAAGCAGUUUGGGACUGGAUUAUUCUUCUGUUGGUUAUGUAUACAGCCAUUUUUACACCCUAUGUCGCGGCUUUUUUACUCAGUGAGCCUGACUAUAACAGCAGGAAGGCUAAAAAGUACAGCGAUGAUCCAAUCGUCAUUAUUGAUCUCAUUGUUGACGUGACUUUCGUCGUUGACAUUCUCAUAAAUUUUCGUACGACGUUUGUCAAUACGAAUGACGAAGUUGUGUCAGGACCGUGGAAGAUCGCCGUCCAUUACCUGAGAGGGUGGUUUAUUAUCGACUUGGUAGCGGCCAUACCGUUCGAUCUUCUCCUCUACGGCUACAACACCGACGAGCUCGGCUUGGAUAAAGACGAGACAACGACUCUGAUGGGGCUUCUCAAGACUGCGCGGUUACUGCGUUUAGUCCGAGUCGCAAGAAAAAUAGACCGAUACAGUGAAUACGGAGCCGCUGUAUUGCUGCUGCUUAUGGCGACGUUUGCGUUGAUCGCCCACUGGAUGGCUUGCAUUUGGUACGCUAUUGGAAAUGCUGAAAGGCCACUUUUGAAAAGUAAAGUCGGCUGGCUCGAUAUACUCGCAAAUGACACUCAUCAAUUCUAUUAUCACAAUAAUACUGGCGGACCUAGUAUUAAGAGUCGUUACAUAACUGCACUAUACUUCACCUUCAGCAGUCUUACGUCAGUAGGUUUUGGAAACGUCGCGCCCAACACAGAUACCGAAAAAAUUUUUACAAUCAUCGUGAUGUUGAUUGGAUCCCUCAUGUACGCGAGUAUCUUCGGAAACGUGUCAGCAAUAAUCCAACGACUGUACAGCGGAACCGCGCGAUACCACACGCAGAUGCUGCGUGUCCGUGAAUUCAUUCGUUUCCAUCAGAUCCCGAACCCACUGAGGCAGCGACUGGAAGAAUAUUUCCAGCACGCGUGGACUUACACCAACGGUAUUGAUAUGAAUAGCGUCUUGAAAGGGUUCCCCGAGUGCCUUCAGGCGGACAUUUGUCUUCAUCUGAACCGGCAACUUCUCAACAACUGCAAAGCUUUCGAAAAGGCCAGUCCCGGUUGCCUGAGGGCGCUCUCGCUCAAGUUCAAAACAACCCACGCUCCGCCUGGGGAUACGCUGGUCCAUCGUGGAGACGUUCUUACCUCGCUCUACUUCAUAUCGCGCGGCAGCAUUGAGAUACUGAAGAAUGACAUCGUGAUGGCGAUUCUUAAUCCCCCGGACAUAUUUGGGGAAAAUCCCUGCGAGCAUCCUACUGUUGGAAAGUCUUCCUGCAAUGUACGGGCACUUACUUACUGUGAUUUACAUAAAAUACAUCGAGAUGAUCUUCUAGAUGUCUUAGCCCUCUAUCCGGAGUUUCAUCAACAUUUUAUUGAAAAUUUGGAGAUUACUUUUAAUAUGAGAGAUGACGAGCAAGCAGGAGUCGAUCCAAUAUCAGCGCGAUUUCCUGUGAGCACUCCAACAGACGUAGAUGGAGACACUCGAAGAUUUGCGUUCCGUCCACCGCGUUAUCGAUAUGGACCAGGUGUCAUCGGUGCACCAAAUACUCACCUAGUGCCGACAGGUCGUCAGGACUCGUUCCAAGACGACCCCGACGACUACGACAAGUCAAGUGGCCACGGGAUCCUGGAGUUCAGUACCGACAAAGCGGGUCAAGAUGUCACUCCAAUGAACCUCGAGUUCGACGAACCCAAGCAACGAAGCUCGACCCUAAACUCCAUUACCGGCAUGCUAACCCACCUCAAGCGCAGCAUACCGGACCUUCGACAGCACACUAAGAUCCACCUGCAGCCGCUAACGAGUCACGACUACUUGGCUAAACAAGUGACCACACCAUUGACCAGGCCGCCACGCAAAAGUUCGACCAAUGGUGAUACCAGUCACUGUAAUAUUAUUCAACCGGUUUCAAAUCCAUCUAGUCAUUACACAACACCAUCACCACCUCAGCAACAGCUUCAGCUUCUUCAGCAAAAUUCGCAUGGUGAGUUUCAAAGCGGACCGGGGCGACCUCUAGAAGACAUAAACAUCCGCAUCGACGAUCUGUCGCGUCAAGUGUCAUCUCUAGAGCGAACAAUGGCAGGGGAUCUAAGAUUAAUCUUGGCGCUGCUCCAGCAGACACUGGACACAUCAAAAGACAGUUCCAGCACAGAUAUGAUGCCUGGCACAGCUCCAGCAGCGCCAAUUACCGCAGUGAGAUCAUCCCGAGCACCCGCAUUAGCACAAAGAUCUGCCAGCGAACCCCAGCCCUCGUCUCUGCCCGGUUCCUCAUCCGCUAACGGAAACGGAGCCAAGAUACAGUCCAGUGCAUCGCACAGUCUCUUCCGCUUUCUUUCAAAAUCCCUGGAUCAGUUGCAUUUGAUUUCGGCGCGUUUUGUUUUGGAAAAAUUGGACAAGAUCCGAAGGCCACCAACCCGCGAUCCAACCUCAACCUCAUCGGGAACGUCGCGACUCACUCUUACAUCAGACACAUCAGCCCUCGCCACUGCCCUGCAGAGUGCCCUCAAUGGCGGCUCCCGUACAGCCCCAACGAGGUCACAGAGUCAGCCCGUCGAUUUAACUGGCCCGCCAAUCACUUCCCAAGCCCACCAUCACCAUCACCAGCUUCACGGAUGGCACAGCCAACCUGCCGCCUUUAGACGCGGGGAAUUUAGAACCGGUUACAGUUCGUUCAACAAACGAUCAGAGCCAGAGUCAGACGACCCCUGGACCGCGAUACCACCGGCGGUCACGAUCGCUACCGGAAGUCUUCAGCGACCCAGGUCAAGUGACUUAAGAAAAGACGGUAAAUCUGACAGACUUGCGCAGUCGCAGUCGCAGUUACAGACUCAGACCCAGACCCAGACCUCAGCAUCAGCGACAUCUGACACCCGGCCCGAGACAUCUCGACAACCCAGCGAUGAAAUUUCGUGGGAGUUUACGAUCAACGAAGCCCCGAUUGCCAGGUUGGAGUCUCUAGAUGAACUUGAUCAGGAUCAUGGUAGUUAGGCAACAGUUUAUUUAUAAUUAAUAAUAAUAAUAUUCCACAUACGGCAGAAACAUAUCAUAUGUCUAUGUCGUAACCACAUUGGCUGUGCUUUUAAUUAUAUCGCAUCUCAUCUUCGAAAAGCUCUUAUUUAUUUAUGAUUAAACUUUCAAUAUAUAUAUAUAUAUACAUAUGUGUAUGUAGUGGGGUGGCAAUGAAAAAAUUCUAGUUUGCAUGGAAAAACUACCCUCCAAAUUUCAAGUCAUGGAAAAAUUUUCUGGAGGUCGAUCGAGAAUUCGGGAAUUUUGAAAAUCGGAAACCCAUUUUUUUUUUAAUUUUUGGCCCCUUAGUAGUUGACUCUUUUCUAUGCAGGCCGUAGAGAAACGACCCGAAUUUCAAGUCAAAAUAUUAAGACUUGAAGGUCGGUGGAUAUUUUUGAAAAUAAAUUUAUCGAAUUUUAAAAUCGUUUUGAGCGAACUUUAAAUAUUAAUAUUAAGACUUGAUCUCGUUAUCUCUAUUGUUUUAUAGUGCGACAAAGGAAUUUUGACAGCGAGCGUAAUUUAAAUUUAAAAAUAUGAUAAAAAUAAUGAAUACUUACAAUUAGACAAGGCGGCAACUAAUUUUUAAAAAUAAAAUUCUCUGAGUUUUCCAAGUUUUUCAGUUUAAUAAUAUUUAAAUUUCCUGACUAUAUAUGUUGAUAUUUAUUUAUUUGUAUAGAAAAUUACAAAGAAAAAUAGUCUAAGGUGAUUCAAUAAAUAAUCAAUUCAAUAAAUUUAUUUUCAAAAAUAUCCACCGACCUUCAAGUCUUAAUAUUUCGACUUGAAAUUCGGGUUGUUUCUCUACGGCCUACAUACAAAAGAUUCAGCAAAGAUCCAAAGACAAAAAAAAUUGGUUUCAUCGUUUUUCGAAAUUCAAAAAUUUUUCAUGACUUGAAAUUCGGGGGUAGUUUUUAACUCAAACUAAAAUUUCUCACGUGAUUUUUAAAAAUAAAAACUCGAAAAAAUAUUACCACCCUAAUAUAUAUAUAUAUAUAUAUAUA